UUUUCUUUGCCGACUAACGUGUGAACACGCUUUUGUCCACCAGACCCACUUUAUUCGGUAAUAAACUGAAGUUUAAUGCGCGCAGUCUUUAUAUGGUUUCGUUCUCUUAUUCUGCAGCGUUCAUGGUGCUUUCGCUUCUGAGCUAUUUGAGAAUGGAGCCACAAAAUUAGCUGUGUAGAGUCUAUAAGAUGAAUUGGUUGAGAACAAACCGAAUUGGGGGAGCCAAGACAAGGCAGAGGAACGUCAAAGAGAAUGGAGAGGUUGUUCUAAAGGAGCUCAUUGAGUGUUGUGAUGGAAAAUGUAAUCCUAUCAAGAGCUUCCCUUCUGAUCAGAUUAUCAAAGCAACAGAUAACUUCUCCCAAAGUAACCGUGCUUCCAGGAUUGAUGUAUACUACCGUUGCUAUAAAGGUAUCCUCGAUGACCGUCCUGUGCUCAUCAAGAAAGGUAAAUACACACUUGAUAUUAAAGAGAUUUGUCGAGACAUAGCGAUAUCGUCGAUGGUGAGUGGUCAUAAGAACUUCCUUAAGUUGUUGGGAUGCUGUCUGGAGUUCACUCCUCCUGUCUUAGUUUUUGAGUAUGCAGAGAUUAUAACUCUUGGUCCACUAGCUGCACCGAACCCGAGAAACAUGAGGAGGAUAAAGAUAGCAAGAGAGGUCGCGAGCGCUUUGAGUUACCUUCACACCGCAUUCUCAAGGGCUUUCAUCCACUCGAGUCUAGAUCCUUUCACCGUCUUCUUAGAUGGAAAUGGAAUCGCAAAGCUUGGGAAUUUCUGCAACUGUGUCUCUAUUCCCGAAGGAGAGGAGUUUGUUCAUGAUGAUGCAUUGAAGAAGUACCAUGAGUUUAGGACCAUUACCUUAAAGCAAACACAUGAACUUGGUGUGUGUUACUUACCGGUCAUUGAUCCUGAAUACAAGACAACUGGUAAGGUCACCACAAAGACGGAUAUGCACAGCUUCGGAGCGUUCAUGCUGGCUCUUGUGCAGGUAAAGGAAGUCGAUGAUGAGCUAUCUAUGUCUUCAGAUAUGCUGAGAGCAUUGGCUGAGCUAUUCAUUAAACCUAAAGAUGAUGGUUGUUUCCCGCUUCAUCAUCAUGUUUCUAAGAUACUGAGGAAGUUUGGGUAUGCGGAGGUUAUGGAUUCAGAUACCAGUAGAGACGUGAGCUAUGUAGCUGCUUCGCCGAUGAAAGAGUUUUUUAGAUUAGCGUUGAGAUGCAUAGGAUGCAACUUAGGAGACCCGUUGUCUAGCAUGAUUCAAGUGACUAAAGAGCUCAGAGCCAUUGAGAAAUCUGCAUAUGGACAUCACAGAUGAGCCAUAGUUCAGUUCCAAGAAUGUUCAUUUCGGAUUGUGCCUGAAACAGCAGAGUUCUGAUUUUUUCCUCAGAGACAAGCAAGUUCACAGGUUUACUUCAGAAGAUAGAAAAUCCUAUGUCGUUUCAUACCAUCAUGGGCUAGCUAUUUCACUAGCCCUUAUUCUGAUAUCUAUAAUCACGCUUUUGACAUACAAUAAGUUUUUUUAUGAAUUUGUGUCCUAUAUUUUGAUUUUCCUGCUAUACCUUGUUUUACUUUUUAAACCCUAAUAAUCUACUAAUUACCCAUA